AUGUCCUGGCAUCUAUUUCUCACAGCUAUUUUCACAGUAAUCAUUAAUCAUGGCCAAACUUUUGGUAAAGAACUAUCGCUUCCAAUGGAGAAAAUGAGUGAAAUCAGCAUUCCUGACAAUGUUAUCCAGGUUUCUGGUAUAGAUGACGCACUAAAUAUGCAUGAUUCUCAAGUUGAAAAUGAACAUUUCAGAUAUGUGCGUGCUGUUGAUGGAAACACUGGAAGAAAACAAAUGCUGGAGAAAACAUUACCUUUGGAGAUAUUUCAAAGGAUAAUGGCUGCUCUGAAAUUAGUCAACAUGAAUAUGACUGAAGAUUUGGUGAAGCGCUUUGUGUGCAGAAUCAAUGUUACAAAACUUUCUGAUAUCAAUGAAAACGUUCUUAAAGAUGCAAUCAACCUCAUGGACAAAGACAUCAACACAUGUCCACUUAAUGAAACAAUUGCAAAAUUCCUGCAAAAAAAUAACCUGAUUGACUUAUUAAACAACACAAUACACACUAUUUUAAGCCCAGAAGAUAUAGCAAAAAUGACAAAUUCAAGAGAUGGAAUCAUUUAUUUGGUAUUUCAAAGGAUAAUGGCUGCUCUGAAAUUACGCUUUGUGUGCAGAAUCAAUGUUACAAAACUUUCUGAUAUCAAUGAAAACGUUCUUAAAGAUGCAAUCAACCUCAUGGACAAAGACAUCAACACAUGUCCACUUAAUGAAACAAUUGUUCUGAUUGAACAAAUCAUCAAAAUGGUGAUACAAGGCAAAAUUCCUGCAAAAAAUAACCUGAUUGAUUUUUUCACUUCAAAUAUCUUUAAACUAUUUGCAGAAAUUUUCGAUAUUUCUGAUUCUGAGAUGGCUAAAAUUGCUGUUGGAGUUUCUGUUAUAGAUAAAAACAGAUUAAUUCACUGGACAAUGGCUGAUUUUGGUGAACGCUUUUUGUGUCAUCUCACUGUUACCAAUUUUACUAAGAUUGAUAAUCAAGUUCUUUUAGACACACUGCUGAAUUUUAUGACAAAAUCUGAAUGCUCUAAAGAUUUAUUGAUGAGAAAAUGGUCAAAACUUGCAACUUCAUUCACAAACACUAUCAAAGAAUUUCUUUUGCCAAGGGUAGAAAUGAUUGGAAAUGAAAUAAACAAUUUGACUGUGGCAGUAAUGAAAGAAAUGAAAAUGAUAAAAUGGACAGAAAUUAGAAGAAAUAUUUUUGAAGUAAUCAACCAGAUUGAUGAUAUUGUUAACAAAACAAUUACAAAUGUUAAAAAAAGCAGUGACAAGGAUUGGACCUUGCAAGGUUUACUUAAAAAUUUUGUUUGUGGUCUGAAUAUUACUGACUUUUACAAAGUGGAUAAAAAUUUCCCUGAGAAAAUACUAGACACCAUUGGUAAUCUGGAUGUUUGCACUAAAAAGCAACAAGAAGCAGCCUGGGAAAAAUAUUUGCAUGCUACUGCAAUGAUAUAUUCAGUAGAAUUAAAUAAAGCAUUAAAUGAAUUAAACAUGAUUAUUGGCAAUGUAAGUGUUAGUGAUAUACUGACAUAUGUCACAGAUGAACAAAUAAAAUUCAUCAAAGGUGUAUUUAGAUCAGUAAAAGUGGACACUCUGAUUGGAAUAAUUUGGGAUAAUUUGAAAAAUAACUCAGAUCAAAUGUUGAGUGUGAAAUACAUACAAAGAUUUAUGGCAUGCAACUUGAAAACAUCACAAAUUACUAACAUGGAUACUUAUAAGUUAAUGAAUAUUGUUGCAAAGUUCGGCCAGUCACUAACAUGUCCAAUCUCAAACUACAAUGACUGGCAGGUGGAUUUCAUAAAGCUAUUGUUAAAGUUUCAGUAUGACAUGAAUUUCCAACAGCUUUAUCAACUGGAUAAAUACAUCGGUGACUUCAAUACAAAAGAUUUAAAACAUAUUGCAGAGUACAUUGAAAGCCUGAAAACAUUGGCAAUGGAUUCAUUAUAUAAAAUAAGAGAUAGAAGUGAUGAAUGGAUAUCCUAUAUCAGACAAAAUGAUUCAGUUUUUAACAUCUCAACCAUUGUUAGACAUUUAGUUUGUUUCAUUGCAAAAGGAAAUUUUUCAUCAGUUAACACAACCAUUAUUUCAGUUGGUGAAUUUGGUAAGUGUACUGAGUCUGAAAGUAUGAGAUUGACAGAGACACUUUUGAACAGCUUGGAUAAGUUGAAUGAUGGUAAAAUAAUAAAGGAAUUCUUAAUUGGAUUUGGAAUUCUCAGUGGUGAAUUCAAAAUAAAGAAAAUGAAAGAUUUAGUCACCAAUUUGAUUGAAAGAUUAAACAAUUAUUUACUUAAAAUCUGGGAUUUUAUUCCACGACAAAUAAAACAUCUGACCAUAGCCAAAAUUGAUGAGAUCAUUAUGUGUGCUGUGAAAGCUAUCACUCAGCCUAUAUUUGGACAACCCAAUGCCCCAAAUUUCAGAACUUGCUUCUACAAAAUCACAAUCAUAAGUCCUGACAAACCCAAUAAAAUACCUGGCAGAGAAUUAAAAGACAGAUACAAAGUUGGGGAUGAUUUUCCUUUUGAAAAAAUGUUAGCAAAGAAAGAUAACCCAGAAAUGUUAUUGCAGAGUCUUUUAACUUUCACCAGGGAGCCAUACACAGAAAAAGAAGAGAGAAUAAUUCGUUUUGUGACAAAUAAAGUGAUUAAUUAUUUGUUAACCAAUCAAGACAAAGUUAUUAAAGACGUGAAUGAUAAUAAAAAGCGUAUUCUGGAAUUGGCUAGCAAUGUGAACCAAGUAGACCGAAUAAUACCCAUGAUCAAGUUGGAUUCUGAAACCUUGUCAGUGGUGAAAAACAUUAGAAGUCCACAAAAGUCCCAAAAACUGCUUAGAAAGGCACUGAAAGAUAUGGAGAUUGAGACCAAGUCUGUAGAUGAAAAGAAGGAUUUCAUUAGGAAAAUCUCAAAUGAUAUUUUAAUGAAAUCUGGGACUUUUGUAAAUAAAUUGUACUCAGAUGCAAAUAAGAAUGUAUUAAUUCAGAUUUUUAAGAAAAAAAAGGAAUCCACAUCUGAAGAGAUGACAUAUGAUGAUGAUGAUGAGGAGGAGGAGGAGGAAGAAUCCCUAGCAAAACUAAGCCUGGUUAAUAAGUUGAUGAACACAACUUCAAAAAAUGAAACUAUGGCUUUAAUGAUGGACACUUCAUUGGUAUCUGUAAUCUCAAUCAACAUGUUACAAAAGGUGCCACCUGAAGAAAUGUGCAGCAUGAAGGCAGAUACAACUGAGCUUAAAACAGAUCAAAUCCAGUACCUGGUUAACUCAUGCCCCAAAAGUGUAGCAAAUAAUGCGAAAACCAAUGCAAACAAGUUGGGAAAAAUAGCCACCAAGCUAACAAAAAAGAUUGUUAACAGCCUCACCCUGAACGAAUUGAUUAGUGUAACUUCAGUGGCAUGUAGAUACAAAAAGAUACUGGAUAUUGAUCUGGAAAAAAUGUUGAAAGAACAUUAUAUUGCUACAAAGCUAGACCCAAUGAAAAAUGCUACCAGUAUGUUUUGUGUGUUAAAACAUGUUCAAACAAAACUUCCAUGGCAACAAUCUCAAGCAAUUCAAAUAUGUAAAAUUUUGGGUAACAGCAUGAUGAAAAAAAUUCCACCAAAACAAGCUAAAUCCUUUAAAAAUAAAUGUAUGGUUCUGUUAAAGAACAGGAAUAUCACUUUCGCUGACAUGGGAUCGAUGAAUGCUUUCUUGGAGGUGGCUGAUAUCCAAAAUUUGGAUCCUGAAAUUAUCCUGCAAGGUGCUGUGGUAUUAGGAAGAUAUAUAUGGAAACCGUCAGUGUUCAAUGAAAUUGGUAAAAAAUUGUCAGACAUAACCAGCUUUAAACGACAUUCCAGUUUGACCACAGACCAAGUAGCUCAAGCUAACAUCUUCAUUGCUGCCUGGAGUGAUGCUGACCAGAUUCCAAAAGAAAAUGUAUUCCAGGCUCAUUACAGUAUUGCUGUAACUGUAAGGCUAUUACAGAACAAAAAAAUUAAAUGUUUAAUUGAAAUCCAAGACAAUAAGGAAUGUAAUGCAAUGGACACGAUCAUUAAAAGAGUUGUUCAGAUUCUUGUAAGUGCUGAAGCUGCUACAAAUAACAGACGCAAAAGAAGCAUCACAGCUUCUUGUCACUGCUCAAAUAUAGCGAGUCUUGGAAUGGCUGCAGUCCAGAUGUCUGCCAACCAAAUGUCUGAAAUGAUCUGUGCUUCUAAUUUUGAUGAAUGUAUUGAGGAACUUAGCCAAAUCACUGACUGGAAUCAAGAGCACCGACAAGUUUUUGUAAAAAUGGCCUUAGAGAUUUGGGGCCAACCAACAAAUUGGAACUCAAGUAUCAUGGCAAUUGCAAGUGCAGUCAUACCUGGUUUGUCAAAAGAUCAAAUCAAAAUGUUAACCUUAGAUUCAAUUGAUACCACUUUUUAUCUUGGAAAGCAAAACAAUUGGGAAGCAGAAAAGCUGACAGAAAUAUUUAUGUUGUUCCUCAAAAAGUUAAAGAACAAUAAUAUUUCUAGCAUCACCAGUUUUGAUUUGCAAGCAUUGGGCAAUAUUGCUUGUGGCAUAAGCCCAGGCAACAUACAACAGAUACCCACAUUGAGUUACAUUAAUGCAGCAAGUCAAAUUGGAAACCUAAAGAUCUGUUCACAAUCUCAACUAACAGCUUGGUCUAAGAAAGCAAUGGAUAUAUAUGGCACUGAUGUCAAUACAUGGGGAUUGGCAGAAAUUGCUAGCAUUGGAUCAGUAAUCAAUGGUUUUUCCACUGCAGAUCUUCAAAAAUUAAAUGAAAGACAAAUUGCUGCCAUCAGUCUGAAAAUUAUACCUAUGAUACUACCACAAAAGCUGGCUAGUCUACACCCAAUACAAAUUGGCUACCUGACAACAUCCCAAGUCCAGAUGGUCACUUUGGCACAAAAAAAAGAAAUGACUGAAGAACAGAUGAAUGAAUUAAAUAAAAAAGUCCUUGGAGCAGUCACUACUGAUCAGAACAACAACAACAACAACAACAACAACGGAGGACAAAAAAUCAAGAGCAGCUAUUUCAAGUUGUCAAUGCUACUGCUUAUUUCUGGAAACUUCAAUCUUUUCAUCUGGUUUUCCAACUAA